AUGGCUCCUAGCAAAGGAUGGAUGGAUCUUGUUGGUGAUCGUCUUAAUGAUGUAUAUUUGCGUGGGGUUGAGGAAUUUUUAGACUAUGCUUUUAAGAAAACUGGGAGGCGUGGGGAAAUAUGUUGUCCAUGUGUCAAGUGUAGUAACACGUAUUCCGCCACACAAGAAGUGGUAGGGACACACCUCAAGGUGUAUGGAAUAAUACGUAAUUAUACAUUUUGGUAUCACCAUGGAGAAAGGGUAGGUGAAUCUGAAUCUAAUUUAGAAAAUGUUCAACAAAGUGAAGAUGAGCCCAGCAAUGAGAUGCAUGACAUUUUAAGGGAUUUGUAUCCAGAGUUUUGUGGUCAAGAUACAAAUGAUAUGGAUACGGAUAUCUUCGCUUGUGAUAUUCAUAAAGAGGAACCGAAUGAGGAAGCGAAUAAAUUCUAUAGGUUACUAAGAGAUUUUGAGCAACCAUUAUACCAAGGUUCUAAGAGCUCAAAGUUAUCUUGCUUAGUCAAAUUGCUCCAUAUCAAGAGCCUUGGUCGAUGGAGUAAUGAGUCAUUUACUAUGUUGUUGCAAUUAUUGAAAGAUGAAUUAUUACCUCAAGGAUCUAAUUUGCCACAAUCGUAUUAUGAUGCAAAGAAAGUAAUUCAAGAUCUUGGUCUCUCAUACAAAAAAAUUGAUGCAUGUGUAAAUAAUUGCAUGUUAUAUUGGAAAGAGGAUGAGAGGCUAGAUUUUUGUAAGAUUUGUGGCUAUUCUAGAUGGAAGACUGAUAAAUAUAAUGGGGAAGACAAGGUUAAAACCAAUGGGAAGAGAAUACCAAAAAAAAAUUUGCGUUACUUUCCACUAAAGCCAAGACUUCAAAGAUUGUUUAUGUCCACAAAGACAGCGUCUUUGAUGAGAUGGCAUAAAGAUAAGAGGGUAGAUGAUGGAGUGAUGAGACACCCUGCUAAUUCAAUGGCAUGGAUUUCUUUUGACAAACUACAUCCAAAUUUUACCUCAGACUCUCGCAAUGUGAGACUAGGCCUUGCUAGUGAUGGAUUUCAACCUUUUGCCAAUUCAAAAAUGCCAUAUAGUGUUUGGCCUGUUUUACUCAUUCCAUACAAUUUGCCACCUUGGAUGUGCAUGAAACAAUCAAAUUUUAUUUUAUCAAUGCUUAUUCCAGGUCCUGAGGGUCCCGGAGAUGCAAUUGAUAUCUAUCUUCAACCUUUAGUAGAAGAACUAAGAGAGUUAUGGGAAACUGGUUGGACUACUAAGGGAAAGUUGGCUUGUCCUUGUUGUAAUAAGGACACCUAUUGGAUGAGGUUGGCCAAUGGAGGCAAGCAAUGUUAUAUGGGUCAUCGACGAUAUCUUCCUCUUAAUCACAAAUGGAGAAAUGAUAAAAAAUCUUUUGAUGGCACAAGGGAGCGAGGGUUACCACCCAAGCUACUUUCAGGAGAUGAUAUACUUGAUCAAGUGAAAAAUCUUGAAGGGGUCAUAUUAACUAAGGCUCCUCAUAUGAAGAAAGCAAUCUCACAUGAUGGCAGGGGGGACAAUUGGAAUAAAAAGAGUAUAUUCUUUGACCUUCCAUAUUGGAGGACCUUAUUACUACGCCACAACUUAGAUGUCAUGCACAUUGAAAAGAAUAUAGGCGAUAAUAUACUAGGGACAAUACUGAACAUAAAGGGAAAAACUAAAGAUAGCAUCAAAACUCGCCUUGACUUGCAAGCAUUAAAUAUAAGGCCAGAGUUACACCCGAUGCAAUGA